AUGAAGGUCGCUGUCGCCUUGCCACUCGCCGUCCUGUGGGUCACGGCGACGCUGGCCUGCUCCGCCUACCUCGUCAGCGGCACCUGGUCCAAGACAUCGCGCGUCCAAGAGCAGAUCCUUCCCGCAAGCCCCGACCCGCCGCACCCAAAGCCGCCCGGCGGCGGCGGCCACAGCGCAGCAGCCACCGCCGCAGGCAGCGCGGCAGUGCCGGUGGUGGAGCGCACUUUGCCGCCACCACCAUCGCCGCCGCCGCCGCCGCCGCCGCCGCCGCCGCCGCCGCCGCCGCCGCCGCCCAGCGCCUCGCCGCCGCCGCCGCCAUCGCCAUCGCCGAGCGCCUCGCCCGGCACGUCUCCAAUG